AGCUUGAGGGAAUGUCGCACAGCAAUGACGUCACACCGGGGGUCCUCCAUGAACUGGAGUCUCCACGUGAGAGUAUCAACAGCAUGAUGGCUGACAUGUAACUUCAGCUACUGCGACUCUCUGGACUUUUUACGAGGAUUAAACAAAGAACAGUUUGUUUGUCAAAGAAGUGUUUUACUCACACGUGGUUCUCUGUGGCAUCGCUCUUGAGCAGGAAGACGAUGGCGACUGUCCGCAAGAAGGUGGACAACCGGAUCCGGGUGCAGAUCGAGAAUGGAGUGGCUCUGCAGCACCGCACCUUGUUUGUGGUGGUGGGAGAUCGUGGUAGAGACCAGGUUGUCAUCCUGCACCACAUGCUGUCCAAAGCCUCCGUGAGAGCGCGGCCCUCAGUUCUGUGGUGCUACAAGAAGGAGCUUGGCUUCAGCAGCAACCGCAAGAAGCGCAUGAAACAGCUGCAGAAGAAGAUCAAGACGGGCACGUUGAAUCUGAACCAGGACGACCCGUUUGAACUCUUUAUCGCUGCCACCAACAUCCGCUACUGUUACUACAACGAGACGCACAAGAUCCUGGGAAACACGUUCGGCAUGUGCGUCCUACAGGAUUUUGAAGCUCUCACACCAAACCUCUUAGCGAGAACUAUAGAGACAGUAGAAGGAGGCGGGAUCGUGGUCAUACUGUUGCGGACCAUGAACUCUCUGAAGCAGCUCUACACCAUGACGAUGGACGUUCACUCACGAUACAGAACGGAGGCUCAUCAGGAUGUGGUCGGACGCUUCAAUGAGAGGUUUAUUCUGUCUCUUGCUUCCUGCAAAAACUGUGUUGCCAUUGACGACCAACUCAACAUCCUUCCAAUCUCCAGUCACAUGGCAAACAUCCACCCAGUCCCUCCAAAGACUAAGGAGGACGGUUUGUCUCCACGAGAGCAGGAGCUGAAGGAGCUGAAGGAGUCUCUUCAGGACACUCAGCCUGUGGGCGUGUUGGUGGAAUCCUGCAGGACCAUGGACCAGGCCAAGGGAGUGCUGAAGUUCAUAGAAGCGAUUUCCGAGAAGACCCUGCGGAGCACAGUGGCUCUGACUGCUGCCCGUGGUCGAGGCAAGUCUGCAGCUCUGGGGCUGGCUGUCGCUGGAGCUGUGGCUUUUGGCUAUUCCAACAUCUUUGUAACGUCACCAAGCCCAGACAACCUCCACACCAUGUUUGAGUUUAUCUUUAAAGGAUUCGAUGCUCUGCAGUAUCAGGAGCAUCUUGACUAUGAGAUCAUCCAGUCUUUGAAUCCAGAGUUUAACAAAGCUGUGGUGCGCGUGAACAUCUUCAAAGAGCAUCGGCAGACGAUUCAGUACAUCCACCCAGGCGAUGCAGUGAAACUGGGCCAGGCUGAGCUGCUGGUCAUCGACGAGGCUGCAGCCAUCCCUCUUCCCCUGGUCAAGAAGCUGCUGGGGCCUUAUCUGGUUUUCAUGGCUUCCACCAUCAACGGGUAUGAAGGUACCGGACGCUCCCUCUCACUCAAACUGAUUCAGCAGUUGAGGCAGCAGAGUGCAGACAGUCAGCAGAGCUUGUCAGCAGAGAACAGGAGCAGCAAUACAGCAAGGCUGGCUGCAGCUCGGUCCCUCCAUGAGGUCUCUCUCCACGAGUCGAUCCGGUACGCUCCAGGAGACGCUGUGGAGAAGUGGCUGAACGAGCUGCUCUGUCUGGAUUGUCUCAACAUCCCCAGGCUCAUCUCUGGCUGCCCGCUCCCACAGACCUGUGACCUAUAUUAUGUGAACAGAGACACAUUGUUCUGUUACCAUAAGGCGUCUGAGGCGUUCCUGCAGAGGCUGAUGGCGCUGUAUGUGGCAUCACACUACAAGAAUUCACCCAAUGACCUGCAGAUGUUGUCCGACGCUCCGGCCCAUCACCUGUUUUGCCUCCUGCCGCCUGUUCCUCCCACACAGAACUCACUGCCCGAGGUGCUCGCUGUGGUGCAGGUGUGUCUGGAAGGAGAAAUAUCUCGACAGUCCAUCCUCAACAGUCUGUCCAGAGGGAAGAAGGCCUCUGGUGAUCUCAUUCCCUGGACUGUGUCAGAACAGUUCCAAGACCCAGAGUUCGGCAGCCUCUCUGGAGGCAGAGUGGUGCGAAUCGCUGUCAAUCCAGACUAUCAGGGGAUGGGUUAUGGCUCCAGAGCUCUCCAACUGCUGCAGAUGUACUAUGAGGGCAAGUUUCCCACCAUGGAUGAGAGCACACACUCAAAUCACAAUGAGAUCACCUCCGUCAGCAGUGAGGCCGUCAGUCUCCUGGAGGAGGUCGUCACGCCGCGGAAGGAGCUGCCGCCUCUGCUGCUUAAGCUAAGUGAGAGGAGAGCAGAGAGACUCGACUAUUUAGGAGUUUCCUAUGGUCUGACCACACAGCUGCUCAAGUUCUGGAAGAAAGCAGGUUAUACUCCAGUCUACUUGCGACAAACUCCUAAUGACCUGACAGGAGAGCACUCGUGUGUGAUGCUGAAGGAGCUGAACACAGAUGAAGCUCCAGAGCAGAGUCAGUGGCUGGCUGCCUUCUGGAAAGAUUUCCGUCGGCGCUUCCUGUCCCUCCUCUCCUACCAGUUCAGCGGCUUCCACCCGAGCCUGGCCCUCAGCAUCCUGCAGAAUAAGAAGGCCAAGGAGGAGACAAGCACUCUCAGUCGCUCCGAGCUGGACGCACAUUUCAGCCCCUACGACCUCAAACGUCUGGAGUUGUAUUCUCGGAGCAUGGUGGACUACCACCUCAUCAUGGACCUCAUCCCAGCGGUGGCACGCAUGUUCUUCCUUAAGCAGCUCGGCAACAUCUCCAUCUCAGCAGCGCAGUGUGCCAUACUGCUGGGUAUCGGGUUACAACACAAGUCGGUGGACAAGCUGGAAAAGGAGAUUGAACUCCCAAGCUCGCAGCUCAUGGGUCUCUUCAACCGCCUCAUCCGCAAAUUCGUACAAGCCUUCACCAGCAUCCAGGAGAAAGCGAUUGAAGCAGAGAUGGGGGCCACUAAAGACGUUACCAUGGAGCCAACUGUCAGAAGUCUGAAUGAUGAUCUGAAUGAAGCAGCGAAGGAGUUUGAGGAGCAACACAAGCAGGAUAUGGAGAAAGUGAAGGAAAUGGACUUAGAACAGUACAGGAUCCGUGGAGAUGACGACGAGUGGGACCAGGUGUUGAAGAAAGCAGGGAAAACGGCUAUUGUCAGCAUAAAGAGUGACAAGAAGAGGAAGUUGGAUGGGGGAAAUGUGACAGCCGGCAAUGAGGGAAUGGGGAACGGGAAACUGAAAAAGAAGGAAAUGCAACACGGCAAAUUCAAGAAGAACAAGGACAAACAUGGUAAAUUUGGAAAGAAGGCAUGAUUAUAGAACUCUGCUGCAAUGCCUGGACUGUUUGUGGGCACAGAGCAAAUUUAGAGAACGUUGGGUUCUGGUAAGGACUUGCAGAUAUUGAAGAGCAUCCGAAAGGUCUGUUGUUUUCAUUUGUGUUGCGUUCAACACCGUGAAGACAAAAGAAAACACUUCACACUUGAACAAAACAAGUAUCGUUUACUUUCACCUAUUUUAAACAUUUAACUUUAGUUCUAGAAAUCACUUCAUGGUUUUCUACAAAGUCUUGUAAAAAAGUUAAUGAAAAAUGUUUUUUUAAACUGAAACCUGAGGUAUAUGAGUUAAGCUUUCGGUUCCACUGAGAACACUUGAGGCUUUAAAUUAGUCCACUUCUGUAUGAGCUGCUGUUUCACCGCCUCUGGUGCGAAGAUACAGUCGAUGGCCUGCUGGGAGAGCUUCCAUACGGCUUCACGGCUCAGACCAAACGUAGAAGCUGCCAACUGAUACUCCUGAGACAAGUCUGUGCAGAAGACUCCCUUGUCAUCAGUCUGUUAUGUGACAAAGAAUAAAAAAUGACUUGUGAAAUUCA